UAUGCUGUAAGAUCAUACUGGUUCUUUCCGUUUUGACAAAACAGGAAAGGCUUUAGACUACUGCUUAGUCUCAGACAAAAGCCCUACUUCCUCAUAAGGUUUAUGUUACAGGCACACAAGGACACACACACACACAAGCACUCACUCACUCUGAGUGGUCAAAGCACGUGCCUCAAAGCAUUGGUUGCCAUGGCAACUUCUGGAUACUCCGAAGACCUUCAGCCUCAGCAGGCCAACACAGUAACCAUAGCAACACCUGCUUCCACCACACCCUCAUCCGCAAAGACUGCACACUUCCUGUCCGAGAUCCCACCAGCCUCUGGAACCGUUUCGUCAGCUAACCAGUCAACUGCUGCUUCUAAAACUGGACAGGAUGCACUUUGUUCUCAGGCUCCGCCCACCCAAGCCCAGAGCCAGAAGGCAGUGGUUCUGACUACUCCCACACAGCACUACGUGAACCCUAAUCUUCAGCCUUCUCCAGUCCAGGAGAGUAAUGGUCAAAGCAGCUCACCUCAGUACAUCAUAGUAACAAUUCCAGAUGACUCUGUGCCCUCCAGUGACAGUUUGUCAGACUCCAGCCCGCCCGCCCCUGGUGUACCUACUCAGGUGGUCCAAUCAGUGCAGACCACCCCACAGAGAACAGUUUUGCAGCUUUUUACCUAGAGGACUUCAUUCAGUUCUUGCAACCCUUUAAUUGUGUUAAUCUCCUUUUUGCUAAUUUUUCAGGUAGAGCAUGUGUACUCUGGCCAGAUCCAAUAUGUGGAUGGAGCAGGAGAUGCAACUUUCACCACACCCACCAUUCGACCGAACAAUUACCCCUUCUCCGAGUCGCCCCUGUAUUCCCAGACACCUCCUACGUCCGCCUCCACCUUUUACGAGGCCACGCCCAGCUCUGAGUCAGACAUCACUGGAUCUGUGACUUCACAGCCAGUUUCUGUGGCAACAGCAGGAGCCAGCAGCACAGCAGCUGCUGCAGGUGGAGGUGGUUACGUUAUUCAAGGAGGUUAUGUCUUAGGAGCAGGAGGAACUCCAACAGCAGGUGGAGGAGGAGGAGGACAGAGUUACUCCAGCCCCAACUCUCGUGCCCCACCUGCUACCGUGCAGUGGCUCUGUGAUAAUUACGAGGGGGCUGAGGGGGUGAGUUUACCUCGCUGCACCCUCUACUACCACUAUCUGCUUCACUGCCAGGAGCAGAAACUAGAACCUGUUAAUGCUGCAUCUUUUGGAAAACUCAUCAGGUCUGUCUUCAUGGGGCUGCGUACACGGAGAUUAGGAACCAGAGGGAACUCUAAGUACCACUACUAUGGUCUGAGGAUCAAAUCCGGGUCACCUCUGCUCAGACUGAUGGAUGAACAACAGCACAUGGCGAUGAGGCAGCAGCCUUUCUCACAGAAAAACAGGGUAAAGCCAGUUCAGAAGUCACAGGGGAUCACCAACGGCACAGUAGGCGGGAUAGGUCAACAGCAGGGCUCGACACUUUGUGACAUUUCGGCCCAGGUGCAACAGUACCAGCAGUUCCUAGAGGCAUCGAAGCAAUUGCCAGACUUUGUGGAAAUUGAUCUUCAAGAUCGAACCCUGCCCGAUGGGAUCCUUUUAGAGCACCUCAAGGCCUUUCAGACUCUGUACAGAGAACACUGUGAGGCUAUUCUGGAUGUGAUGGUCAACCUUCAGUUCACUCUCGUUGAGACCUUGUGGAAAUCAUUCUGGAGGUUUAGCCAGAGCAAUGAUGCAGAAUCGCUCAACCUACACAACGAGUCUGAGAAGCGACUGCCCAAAUCGUGCCUGGUGGUGCUGUGUAAGUUUGAGCCAGUGCUACGCUGGACGAGAGAGUGCGACAACCUGCUGUACCAGACUCUGGUGGAGAUCCUCAUCCCUGAUGUACUGAGACCCAUUCCAAGUGCCUUAACUCAGGCCAUCCGUAACUUUGCCAAAAGUCUGGAAAACUGGUUGACAGGUGCCAUGAUGAACAUCCCAGAGGAGAUGGUUCGCAUAAAGGUGGUGUGCAUUGGCUCUUUCUCCCAGACGCUGCGUCGUUACACCAGUCUGAACCACCUGGCUCAGGCUGCCCGGGCCGUCCUCCAGAACUCAGCUCAGAUCAACCAGAUGCUCUCUGACCUCAAUCGGGUUGAUUUCAAUAACGUACAGGAACAGGCAUCCUGGGUUUGUCAGUGUGAAGACCGUUUGAUCCAGAGGCUGGAGCAAGACUUUAAAGCGACUCUGCAGCAGCAGAACUCUCUGGAACAGUGGGCUACCUGGCUGGAUAGUGUUGUGUCCCAGGUCCUAAAGCCCUAUGAGCACAACCCUAUGGCCCUGCCAAAGGCUGCAAAGGUUUUCCUGCUCAACUGGUCUUUCUACAGUUCUAUGGUAAUCCGGGACUUGACUCUGCGGAGUGCUGCGAGUUUUGGGUCCUUUCAUCUGAUCCGCUUGCUGUAUGAUGAGUACAUGUACUACCUAAUCGAGCACAGAGUGGCUCAGGCUAGAGGAGAAACUCCCAUAGCAGUCAUGGCAGAAUUUGCCAGUACUGUCAAGAGCCGGACCUCUCAAGAUAUUGAAAAAGAAGAAGAGGAGGAUGAUGACGAUGAAGAUAGUGAGGAGGACACCGGAGAUUUGGUGCUGCAGUCCAGCUCUCUGAGCGCGGUUGAUGAUGAGAAGGAGGUGAUGGAGCCGCCAGUCAAACAGCCCAGGAUGAACUUAAGUCUGCACACGCUCAAUGAGACCGACAGCACACCACCUUAGCUAAUCACCUGUACGGUUAGCACAAUGCUUGACACAUGCCUUUGCUUUAAGUUUCAAAUCAUGUCAUCUCAUUCUGUCGCACCAUGUGAGCUUCUGGUUUGCAUGUUUGGUCGUCUGUGGUGAGAAAGUGGGAGGGCCUUUUGCCAAAUAUUCUCUGCUGUACUGUUUGUGCUGCAGCCUUUAUGUUUACCUUCACUUGAUCAUUUCACAGUCCCCCCCUCGUUCCCUGUGCCUUCCCUGCCUUUUCAGUGGCUGCUCCUGCCCAGCUUGAAUUAUAUAUACGCAUAUUCUUGAUUCCCUCCUAUCCCGCCUUAACCACUGACCUGAUUGCUGUGGAGAGAUUCAUUGUCCUCUAAACUCAAAUAUCACUUUAAUUACCUUUAACACAAUGACUAUGCAGGGGAGCUGGACUUGAAUGAAUGGUAUUGUCUGAAAAAUAUAUUUGUUUAAGAGUAGCAUCUAGAAUGAUACUGCAUCAUGAAUCUUUGUUGGCACAUGGACGUUGAGUGAAAGGUAUUUGGCUUUAUAAAUGUGACUCCUUAUUCAUUUGGCCAACUAACUGAUACGCUGUGCCUUUUGAGAGAUUUCUAGGCUUAACAAAAAAAGGUUGUGCUCUAUAUAUUCUGUAUCGGUGGUUUAAUAAAUGAAGGUCCUGUGAAGUA